AUUGCUUAUUUAUGUCAAUGUCAAAAUAAGGCAGAAAUUUCUGAAUUUUAUUUUUGUUUAUCAAUACAUUUCAAAAAGAAGCUGCUAUUAAAAUGAAUAAAAGAGAAAGUGAUCUAGCGGAUAUAAAAUCAUUUAUUGCGGAAACCGAUAAAGAAUUGACUUUACUUUUGCAAAGUCUCCAGUGGGACAGACAACACUUGUUGCAGGGUAAACCUUUGGUUCAAUGCAAAUAUGAUCCAGGACACAGAAUACCUGAGGAAAUCAAAGAGAAACAUGAGGAACAAUGCUUUUAUAAGAAAGAAGGUUACAAUGAGGAUGAACUGCUUCCAGAGCCAUUUGAUUCCUCUGCAGACACAUUAGUUAAACUAAGCAAUGCUGAGAUACAUAAGAUGUUAUGUGAAUCGACAAUAGCCGAUCAGUAUUUAGGAAGAGGAGAGGGAUGCAAGGGCGUGUUGCCGAUGUCGCUGGGUCGGCUGCAGGCGACAUACAGCCCGGCCGAGCGGCGCGUGAUACACGACGCCGUCGUCGCCGCCGCGCCCGCCUGCCACGACCUCUCAGACUUGACUUUAAUCAGUGGUAAAGAAGAGUCUGGCAAGACGUUCCGGAUGACCAGGAUGGAGAUCCUGGCAGAGCUGCGCGACAUGAAGCGCCGGCGCAUUAAGUACCGCGUCGCUUCCAAGACGCGUAACUACUCAGACGUGCUGCGGGACGUUAUUAGAUCACAGAUGGAGUUGUACACGGGAGAGGAACCUCAGCCGAUGCCAAAUGUUAUACGAGGCGAAGAUCCACACGACAAAACACAAAAAAAUGGAAAGAGGACAAAAGAAGUUAGAGUUCCAGACCAAAGAGAAAAUGAAAGAAAAAAUUGGAUGACACGAAAUCAUAAGUAUGGCGAUCAAAUGAGAUACGAAGAGAGAAACAGAAACGAGAAUUCAUUUGGAAGCGGAGUGUCGAGGCCCAAUACUAGUAGAAUAUAUGGACACCACAGGGACGGGAGAUACAAUACAGAAUUUAGAGACUAUGGGAACUCAUUUAGGGAAAGAGAGCCUAUCACAAAUGAGAGAUAUCGCCAAGAAAGGCAAAGAAUACAUGCUAGGUUACCAUAUAGUGGAAAUUCAUCUACAGGUGUUCAAAGAAAGUACAAUGCGGUCGGGUAUCGUUACGAAAAUGAAGUUAGCAAUAAAGGAAAAUCGUCUAAAACAUUAGAAGAAACACGACACAGUGCACACAAAGAUUAUAAAAAAGAAAAAGAACAGAGAUAUGAAGAUGUAAUAACAGGUAGUGGGAAUACAUCUAGAGAAGGAGAAAGAAAGAGCCAGAGUACAAAAGAAGAACAUCGAUAUGAAAGAGAAUGGAAAUACGAUAGAGAAUCUAGAGAUACCGGGAAUUCGUCUAAAGAAGAUGAUAAAAGUAAACACAGUACAAGCGAAACAUAUCUACAUAAAAAAGAGAGAAAACACGAAAAGGAAUCAAGAGAUAAGAGGAAAGAGGGGAAAUAUGACAAAAAUAAAAAUUAUGAGCCUGGGAUACACCAUGAUGGUAAAGAUAUAGAAGACAAACGCAAUCGACGCGACAGUCGUGAUGAUCGGCCGCAUAAUGAAAAACGGAAGCGCGAAUUUCAAUUCUCAUACUAACGUAUUAUCAUUGUCAUAAAGUUGGAAUUCGAUAAACUGGUUGUUCUAAUGAUUAAAACAGCAGUAGUGCGCGUAGUAGCAUACAUAAUAUAUAAUAAUAGAUCGCCUAGAACAUUUUAGAUGUUCUAUGCCCGAACUUUAGGAUGAAACCUAAAGAAAUUUCAAGUCAAAAUCGUUAUGUAGAGAUCGUAUUAACUUUGGUCUAAUAUAAAUAUGUACCUACCCACCUACCUGUGUAGUUUUCCUUUUAUACUAUAAGGUGACAAUAAUGUGUGUAAGAAUACACACUUGAUUUUAAGAAAUGAGAGGAGUGCGUUGUGUUUUGAAUUUGUGGAUCUACGCUCGGCAGUUCAUUCGAUUCCUAUCCAAGCUAUCGCUGCCUCUUUUCUGUCUUAAUUAUCACUUGCUUUAUCGGUGAAGGAAAUCAUCGUGAGUAAACUUACAUCUCUGAAAAUUGUAGAUACGAAUUUCGUAGGUGUGCUAAAUCUACCCGCAUUAGGCCAGCUUAGUGGACAUUCAUAGCAAUGAGACAAUAUACUACAGAGUUGGUAUUAUUAUGCGUGAAAGAAUAAAGCGACUUAUAAUGAUGUCAAAAUACUUCAGUCUUCUAACUAUGUACCGGUAAGAAUGAGCUAGGUGGUAUUCUAUUCUGCCGGAAACUUCGCAGUGAAUGUUGUAUAAUGGUGUAUGUAAAUAAUGUACAUUUAAGUAAGAAGUCAAUAAAUAUAAGGGACCA